GAGGGAAGAAGAAAACAAUCAACAUCGAAGGAAGACGCUCGAAACAUCUGAAGUGAUGAAUAAUUGCGACACGUUAACGAAUCGCAGACGGACUUAAUCAGCCAGAUUGCAUUUUUUUCAAUUAUUUCUCCAAUUGUUAAGUAAUCAAUAUUUAUAAUUAAUUCGAUAUAAUACCGAAAAGAGAAGCGAAACUAUGGCGACAGACGAGAAUGGUAAAGAAACAGCUAGCCCACAAGAACAAGUUAAUAACCAAAAUACAAUAACAACUCAUCAGAGUAUAGAAAAUGAAACAGUUAGUUUAUCUGGAGAAAAUGCAACUACAUCAUUGAAAUUACAUAUGGAUUCCGAAGCAAAUAUGUCAGGACUUACUACUGCAUCAGAAGUUAAAGUUGAAGCUAGUUCAGUCGAAAAACCCAUUGAAAAUAAUGAAGACAAAGAAAUGGUUGAUUUCAAGAUAGUGUUUAAUAAACAAAAAUAUGAUAUUUCUUUUCCAUUGGAUGACACAGUAGCUUCAUUGAAAUUAAAAGUGGAAAAACUUACAAGGGUUCCUUCCUCAAUGCAGAAACUUAUGUAUAAAGGUCUUGCUAAAGAUGAUCAAACAUUGAGAGCUUUAGGAGUAGUGAAAGGAGCUAAAAUUAUGGUGGUUGGUUCUACUCUGGAUGAUGUUUUAGCUGUGAACACUCCUGGAGAGCAAGUGUUAAAAGAAGAAAAGCCUUCAGCUGCAGAAAAGGAACCAUUAUGUAGGCAAAAGCUUCACAAAAGAAUUAUUGAUAAAGGUGUCCCUGAAGAUGCUAUGCCUGGUAUAAGAAAUGCUAAGGAUAGUUUACCGCCAUUUCCCCUUUCUGGAAUGGUAAAUAAAUCUGGAGGAAAAGUACGACUGACUUUUAAAUUAGAAGUUGAUCAAUUGUGGAUAGGAACAAAAGAAAGAACAGAUAAAAUUCCAAUGAAUUCCAUUAAAAAUGUAGUCAGUGAAGCUAUUGAAGGACAUGAAGAAUAUCACUUAAUGGGCAUCCAACUUGGUCCCACCGAAGCUUCCCGAUAUUGGAUUUACUGGGUUCCAGUGCAAUAUAUUGAUGCUAUAAAAGAUGCAAUAUUAGGAAAAUGGCAGUAUUUUUGAUGGUUUUAUGUAAUACUUGUACAGUUUAGGAACACAAUUUUUAUACUGUGAAAUAAAGCCCUAAUUGGCAAUGCUCAAAUAACAGUUUAUCACUUUUUACAUUUUAAAUUAUAAAAUGUUGUUAUGUAUAAUUUGGAUUGUUUGUAUAUCAAAAUGUUAUUAAUACAGUGAUUUAGCAAUGAAGCUUACCGACUUUCAAAUUUAUAACUUUAAAACACUGAAUAUAUAAUCUUUAAUUUUGACUUGGCUAAAAUAUUUUUUAAUGUUAUUGAUAUUGCCGAUAUUAUUUAUCAAUUGCAAUAUGAAUUAAAUCUUAUAUCUUCAUCAGACCAUU